UAAAUAACUUCCUCCAUGUAGUAUCACUGCCAAACUCCAGAAGAGCUGCAAGGAGACCCAAGAGAUUCACAAGAGACAUAGCUCUUCGGUUUGCGCACUUUCUAGGUCUUCCACAUAAGCUGCACUGAAAAAAAUGGAACAGUUGGAAAACUCCACAGCAUCACCCAAACGCCUCUUCCUGCACACACAGAGCACCGCGCACUCCCAGGCGGACAAAAGCGACGCGUACCUGUACAUAUUAAUAGUCAUGUCUUUCUACGGAAUCUUCCUCUGUGGCAUUAUGAUGGGCUACUUUCGCUCCAAAAGGAGAGAGAAAAGGAGAAUCAACAUCUUCACGCGCCUUGUGCACGAGGAGGAGCAGCGGGAGUGGGGCGCGCUGCCCAAGAAACACAGCCUUACCUUUCCCGCCGCUGUCUCAGAGCUGCGCGCGGUGCAGGUGUCCCUGCCUUUCUGCGGUAACCACGGCAACAACUUCGGGCAUCUCCACUACGAGGGCGCGCUGCCAUCACCGCUGGCUUGCGCACAGUGCACGGAACAGAGCAGUAUCAGCUCCCUGUGCUCCACGGACACGCGCUUCGCCAUAGAGGAGGAGUCGGACAACGACGCGGCCGAUGGGGUGGAGGGGAACGUGAACUGUAGAUGAUUCAGGCUAAACUUCACCCAGA